AUGUGCUGCAUCUAUAUCUCUGAUAUGGAUAAAAAACAGUCCAAGCCCUCAGGUAAACCAAAGGAGGAAAUAUGUGUGAUAUGUGGAUUGUCAGAUGAUCAGUGUAUUCACAUAAGUGCAUCCUAUACUUUGACAUCUGAUCAACCAGUUGUGUGGAAGCUCACUUGCAUCAUCCCUCUUCCAGCUGGUGUACUUGAUUCAAGAACACUGUGUACAAGAUGCUUUGCUCUCUUGAAUGAAAUUGACAGGCUUGAGAGUCUCUUGACAGAGAAGAUGUAUGAAAUGAGGAACCUCUAUGAGGAGAAGCAAGCAAUGCUAAAGUGCUGCUCUGAUGAUCUAGGGGAGGAAGCUUGGGAAGAACCAGUUCAAAAUGCUGAAAAACCUGACAUAUCACAGAAUUUUGAGCCUUUUGAUGAAGAGCAUUGUGAUAUGUCUCUGUUCAACACAAAUGUUUUGCAUCCUGAUGGUGCAUGGAUGUGGGCGAAACCCAAGGUUACCGUGAAACCCCUUACAGCAAGGGGUCUGCAAACGGUGGAGCGAAAGGCUCUUCGGAGCCAUUUCCUCCCUGCUCCAACCUCCCGUUUUCUCAUUCCCCGCUGUGCUUCUAAGUUCCUGUUCCAUUAUGCAUUGGGUCCUUUGUACAUGGAUGGAGCACUAGGUGGUAACUGA